GGUAGCUAGCUAAACCAUGUGCCUAAAAGCUCCAACAAAACCAUUAUUCAAGGAUCUGAAAAAUCAUCAACAUUAUCUUUCCAAUCUCAUUAUUAACCACUCUCAUCAUGUAAUCACACAUAUUAUUUCCACCCACUCUCAUUUCUAAGCUUCCAUUCCCAAUUUCCCACCCCAUUUCAGAAUCGACCAACAAUUCAACACGAGACGUAUAAUCAACAUGUCUUCAAGUCCCGGUUCUUACCCCAUCAAAACGAUCGUCGUUUUGGUUCAAGAAAACCGCUCCUUCGACCACAUGUUAGGUUGGAUGAAGUCCCUUAACCCGGAAAUCGACGGGGUCACCGGUUCAGAGUCGAACCCGGUUUCCACAUCGGACCCGAACUCGAACCGGGUUCAUUUCAACGACCAGUCCGGUUUUGUUGAACCGGAUCCGGGUCACACGGUGGAGGAUGUCUAUGAACAAGUUUUCGGCGAGCCUUGGAGCGAAGCCUCGGCGGCAAAGAAUUUGCCGCCCAGCAUGCAAGGCUUCGCGCAAAACUCGGCGAAGCAAGUGAAAGGGUCGACGGCGGAGACGGUGAUGAACGGGUACAAACCGGAGGUGUUACCGGUUUUUAGGGAGUUAGUUAAGGAGUUUGCGGUUUGUGAUCGGUGGUUCGCGUCGGUUCCCGGUCCGACCCAACCGAACCGGCUUUACGUGCACUCUGCGACGUCGUAUGGGUUGACGACUCAAGAUACAAAGAAACUAAUUGGUGGUUUGCCGCAGAAGACUAUAUUCGAUUCUUUGGACGAAAAUGGGUUUAGUUUUGGAAUAUAUUAUCAGUACCCGCCAUCAACUCUUUUUUAUAGAAAUCUCAGGAAACUGAAAUACGCAGACAACUUCCUACCAUUCGAUUUAAAGUUCAAGAAGCAUUGCGAAGAAGGGAAAUUGCCAAACUACGUGGUGAUUGAACAAAGAUACUUUGACUUGUUGUCACUGCCCGCGAAUGAUGAUCAUCCAUCUCAUGAUGUUUCCGAGGGACAAAGAUUUGUGAAGGAAGUGUACGAGGCACUAAGAGGUAGUCCACAGUGGAAUGAAAUCUUGUUUGUGAUCACGUACGAUGAACAUGGUGGCUUUUAUGAUCACGUGCCAACUCCAGUGGUUGGAGUGCCACGCCCAGAUGACAUUGCAGGUCCUGAACCAAUGAAGUUUCAGUUUGAUAGACUUGGUGUAAGGGUUCCUACUAUCAUUGUUUCUCCAUGGAUUGAGCCAGGAAAAGUGUUGCAUGAACCUUCAGGGCCAUUCCCAACAUCACAGUAUGAACAUUCGUCUAUACCAGCGACCGUUAAGAAAAUAUUCAACCUGCCUCACUUUUUGACAAAGCGUGAUGAAUGGGCUGGAACACUCGAGGAACUCUUAUCUCUAACUACCCCACGAAUUGAUUGUCCAGAGAAAUUGCCUGAGCCCGUGAAAUUGCGAGAGGUUGGUGCUGUAGAAGAGGCACCAUUGAGUGAAUUUCAGGAAGAUUUGAUAUAUAUGGCAGCAACUCUAAAUGGGGAUCAUAGUAAGAGUAUAUACUGCAACAAGCUAACAGAGAACUUAAAAGUUUCAGAGGCAGUUAAAUACUGUGAAGGUGCAUUUGGAACAUUCUUGAAUGAGUGUGAGAAAGCAAAGCAAAGUAGAAUUGAUGGAUCUGAAAUUGUUCACUGUGCUAGACCGCAUUCGGCACCACAAUCCAAAACGUUCUUGCACAAGAUGUUGUCUUGUAUAUUGUGUAAUUGAUAAUUAAAUAUACUUUUAGUCAUGAUUUCUACAUGAAUAAUAAAGUUUGUGUUUGUCUCCGAAGAGUAAGGACUGAGGAGUUGUUCAAGGAUCCGAGCUAUGUAAUGAAACUCAAUGUUUUCGAAUUUUUUAAUUCAAUGAAAACUAGAAAAGUAUAUUGUGCAAAAAG